UUCCUGGAACAGUUGUUUGGAUAAUGGCGGACCGUCAAAUCUAGCCAACCGCUGUCCUAACUCAUCAUUAAAGCCGGGAAACAUACACUGAAAGGCGGAUAGCGGGUACAAUAAACUUUUAGGUAGAGGUGAUAGAAUCGUCAGCUGUCCGAUGUGUCCAGCAAUCAGGAAGACAAGGUGGACUGAUGUCUCUCUGAAUAAAGCUGCUGGAAAGUUGGCAUAGCGAUGUGUAGUCGCUUGCGAAGUGAGGCGGGGCCACCAGCCUCUGUCUCUUCCGAGGCUGCUCUUGUUGGGCAAGACAACAGGAGAGAGAUAUCUCAUGCCUGGAAUUGUCUAAAUCAGACCAAAGCUGCCUUGCGACACAUUGAGAAUCGUCUGGAGGCAGCGCCAGGCACUGGAGUGCUUCUGGACUCGGUGCUAGACACAAAGAAAGCAUCUGUGAGUGGCGGACAGAAAAUAAGCCGCAGAGAUGGGCAUCAUGUGGAGGAAAGUGGGUCUAAGUCCAGAACACGGAGUCGACACAGUCCAGACAAAAGUUCCCGCAGUCCCUUGAGGAAUAGCACUCUGGACAGUAACGCCAGGAAACCCAGUGCAGUGGAGUUCAGAGAACCACUUGUUUCAUACAGGGAAGAAUCACCGCUGCCAGUGUCCCAGACCCACUCUGAACCAGAACCCCAUUCGAUACAGACAGAGUUGGGUGUCCCUCAGCCUAACUUUGCUCUAAGCCAGCUGGUCUAUCAGCGUGACACCCGAGACAUGCAGACUGCAGACCUGGACAGCUCACGCUCCUCAGCUGUAGACAGCACAUCUGUACGCUACCUCAAUGACCCGUCUGCUCUCAAUGCCAUUGACCAACCUGACCAAGCCCCACAAGGGUCAGAGGUCAACCCCAGAACACACUUACAGGCUCAGACAUCCCAGACUUCCAUGACAUCCAUCACCAGUUCAGUCACAGCUUCACAACGGCUGGAGAACCUGCGACGUCGACAACCUGAUGAAAAGCUGGAAAAGCUGAAAGACAGAAUCCGGAGACAAAGGGAACAUUUGGAGGGGACAGAAGAAAGAAACAAGCUGCUGGAUUACUUGGAGCAACCUGUGGGUAUUGGGGCAGCAGCACAUAGUACCACAGUACCUACUGCUAAAGUUCGGAAAGUCGCCCAAGCCCCUCCAGCACCCAUUUACAAAGGCUUCAACACCUGUGAGACUAAGAUUCACACAACUGAUGGGCAAGUGUGGGCAGAGGAGGACUUCCAGAAUUUACGCAGGGAAAUAUACAGAGACCUGACAAAACAGCUUACAGCACGGAGCAGAAAACCAAAGCAGAGGUCUGCAGAGCGAGACAGGGUGAAAGAGAAGAAACCAUCCAAGCCGGUUAGGAAAGUACACAGAUCUUCAUCUGCGCCAGACUCAAAUACUAAACCAGCGAUCACCACAUCAUCGUGGCGAGAUGGGCAGAAGCUGGUGAAGAUUAUGCUGGGUCCACCGCCACGGUUACAGAGAGAGCCUCGGGCGAAGUCCUCCGAGACACAGAUGAGAACAGGAUCUGGUCCCCGUUCCAGCUCUGAUCCUCGCCUGGAGCGUAGCCGGCAUUCAAGGACCACCAGUGCAGAAAGACCUCACAAUCGCAUUCGUCCAGAAGAGCCAGCUGGACCUUCCAGAUCAACAGGCAGUGAUAGAAGAAAAUCUCCCAGCAAAGACUUUCUCUCAGCUGACAUCCGUGGCAUCCUAGAUGAUCUGCAUUUGGAGGAGGACAUCAGCAGGAGGCCAGAAGCGCCCCGCUCAAAAGUCCAUGCCUCAACCAGAGUUUCUCGUAGUGCCAGCCCUGCCAAGACUACCAAGAGAGUAGAUCCUCCUGAACAUCCUGUGGCAAAGAAACGGCACUAUGAUGCUGAAGCGGUGCGCCUGUAUAUUACUCAAAAACAAGAAGAAAGGAAAAAACAGCAAGCAGAGGAGAGGAGGGCUCAGAGGGAGAAGGAAGAGAAUAAGAAUAAACGCCUACAGGAACUUUACAGGAGACAACGAGCAGGGGCCACCAAUGGUCCAGUUGCACCUGAAGGUCCAAUAAAGAAGCGGCUCCAGGAAACAUACACCAAACUUCUGCUGGAACAGACUCAGCUCAGAGAAGAAAUCAAUGGUGGUGACAUAACUAACAUUAUCCAGCAGCCAAGACCAGUAUACCAGCCAUCUGGAGAGUCUGAUAAAGAAAACAAAAGACAUGAUCGACCUCAAAGUGCUACCUCCAGCAGUGACCUGUCCCUUACAGAGCAAUGUCCGCCUCCUUUCUCCAGGAAUGGGUUGGGAUUUGCAGGGUCACCCUGGCUCCAAUCUGACCAGCAUAGUCCUGCUUUGAGGGUCAGCAGCUCCCUUGUGCCCCCUUCUGGUCAUAUAUUCUCUCAGCUGUUAGAACUUGAUCAAGAACCUUCAUUACCUAACAGAGAGUCGCAAUCUGCACAUGCAGCAUUCCCCUCAACCACAGGCCACAAAAUGAGCCGUAUUGAGGCUCUUAAGGCCACAGCUGCCUCCCUCUCCAGCCGUAUUGAGAGCGAGGCACGGAAGCUAGCCGGUGCCGGAAUAAAAUACAGUUGUGCAAUGGAUACAGGCAUGGGUCUUUUAAUCCCUAAUGAUGAGCGCUGGGCUAAACCUGUCAGUCCGCCAAUCAGAGAGAAUCCAACAGAUUCUGAUGACCUGGUUGAGAGGAUUGAAAAACUGCUUGCUGAGGGUCAGAGCACCUAUGAUCAGGCCCUUCCAGGUGUGGACAACCUUCACAGCUUUAGAAAGAGGAUUGAGACUGGGAACAAACAAACACUUUUGCCUUCUGGCCUCACUUCUAGAAACACACGCAAGAACCCUUCUCCUGCAAAGCCAGCUGUUCAGGAAGUUGAGCUGGACUCCAGCGGAGGUUCUAUCAGUGAGGGUCCUUUGCUAAGUGAGGGCAGUAUAUCUGACGAAGAACUGCAAGAGCUGCCCAAAUCCAGACUGGAAACCACAGGAUAUAGUGCACAUCUGAAUGGAGACAGUUUAAACCCAAUGUCACGCUUUCAGAAAGAGGCAGAGAAGCACCUGCCCUUUAAUGUGUUAAGUCUGGUACAAGGAGGAAGCAAUGGCCCGUGGGAAGAACUGGCCAAGGGAAGCCCAAACAGUGUUAUCAAUAUGUUUACAAAGAACAUGAGUUACAGUAAAGCAUUUGAAGAGAGGGGCGGUAAGAGUUCUCCAGCUCUCUGCACUGUUCUGUCUGGUGCCAGCUCAUUGGAUGGAAUGGUCUAUGAGGAAGACUUUGUUUCCUCACGUGCCAGUAGCCAAUCAGCAUCCAAGAAAAGUCCCAAUGGGCUCAGUAAUGGCCACUGUCUGUUCAGUCCUCCAGACGAGGUGUUAAGUGGCAGAUUUGCAUACAGUAACAGAGCUGGGGAGAGAUCUCAGCAAUCACCAGCUCUCACACCUCUCUCCUCUCCACACUCAGCCAGCUCAAGCAGCAAGAGAGCUUCAGAAAGGAGCCUGCUGGAGGGACAAAGAAACACGUCCUCUGCAGUCUCUGAUCUCCCUGCUGAGAGUUUUAAGAAAAGUGGCUCAGAUAAAGCAUCCAGUCGCAGCUCUCACAGGAGCGUGGACACAGACAGUACACUGGGGGGUGCCUCAGUCCACUCCAUCCAUAGUCAUUUUGGCUCUGAGGGAAAGAAAUCUCCCCGAAGCCCUCAUACAACUCCUGCCGCUGGAUCUCCAGCCAGCUCUGGUUCUUCCCGGUUGUCUCCUGGUGACAGUAUCCCAAUCAGAGGGUCCACCCAAGGAUCGGGUUCCCCUCGCAGAGCUCUGCGCAGUUCCUCCUCAUCUUCCUCUUCAGCUGCUAGGGCUAAAUCCAACCCCUCACCCCAUACUCAAAGCCCAAGAAGAACAGAACACGGGACUGCAGGUUCAGCAGAGCUCCAGUUUGGUCCUGGGGUCCUCCAGCAACAUCUGUCUGCUGAGCUCAGUUACCUGGAGGAGUCAGUGCGACAGCUCAGUGAUGUGGAGCGAGUGAGAGGUGUGUCUGUCACUCAGCAGGAAACGGUCUCGCUCGCUCAAAUACUCAAGUCCCAGCACCAGAGGCAUGAGCGUGAACUGUAUUUGUUAAGAAUGAAGGCAGAGCAAGAAGCCUUCGAAACACAACGGCAAUUGGAAGAAAGCCGACAGAAAGCUGCAAGGACCCAUGCAGAGCUGCAAGAGAAUUUGCUCCAGUCUCAACAGCAGGCGUUAGGAGGAUUGCAUGAGGCCACAAACAAGAUGAUAAACCAUCAGUCUGAGGCUGCAUGCCACACAGCUGAAACGGCACAACACAUUAAACAGAUGACUGAGCUGGCUCGUUCACAGAUUGCAGGAGCGCUAAGUGUUCCUGGUCCCUCCAUUAUGACCCUGUAUGAUCAACAGAAACAGCACAAUCACUGUUUGAAACAGCAGCAGCCACACUCCCACACGGACAGUAGCUGGAAGAGUGAGCCGUCUCCUGAGAGACAUAAGAGUCCAUCAGAGGUCAAGACGCCACCAGAUAGCCUCUCAGAGUCUGUCCUUUCCACGAGACCCUCCAUCAGUGGUGGUGGCAGCAGUAGUACCCAGCUGAGUCCACCUCGUUCUGAUCAAAAGGAGAGGAAGACAGCAGGAAAAUACAGGAGCAGCAGUUCAAUGGAAGAUGAGGCUCACACUGCUGCUGAUGACUUCCUUUGCUCGGGCAGUGUGCGCAGCCCACUUGAUGAGAAAGCAGAUAAUGCCUCCAUUGCCACAGAGUACUCUGUAAAGUUUGAUGACUCAAUGACAGAGGAUGACAUUGAAGAAAGAUCCUUCCGCUCUCUUUUACCAUCCGAGGCCCACCGUCGCGAGUCGCUGGACAGGAAGCCCAGUUCUCAUCCCGAGUCUGACGACGACCACAGCCAUGACAGAUCCAGCCCCAGAAUGAGCUCAAAGCAGGAUGGCAACAUGCCCUUCUCAAGUGGCCAGGACAGCUUCUCUAAGUUCACCAUGGACUUGGUGCGUCAGUACAUGAAGGAGGAGGAAGUUCGCGCUCAACAUCAGAGUUCUCUGCUGCGUCUGCGUCAGAAGGCCCUCAGAGAGAAGACCAAAGCUGAACUGGCCUGGCUGGAACACCAGAAGAGGCGUCUCAGAGAUAAAGGAGAGGAUGAUAAGAUGCCACCCCUUCGUAAGAAACAGAGAGGCCUUAUACUGAAGCUACAACAGGAGCAGGCGGAAAUCAAACGACUGCAGGAGGCCAAUAAAGCAGCGAGGAGAGAGAGACAGCUGCUCCUCAAACAGCAGGAGGAGAUCGAAAGAAUACGACACACAACACUCAAACUCAAAGAGCGGCUCAAGAGUGCUGACACAAAGCUGGAGUCACCUGUAUCAGGUGUGGCGGAGGAGUCUGCUCCGCCCAGUGUGAUUGUAACAGACGCAGAGACCCGUAGCCCCUCCCCCAUGUCUGUGUCGGGCAGUGAAACCAGCAGCAUCAUGCAGAAACUGAAAAAGAUGCGCUCUCACAUGGACGAAAAACACUGUUCUCCUGUCCAUUAUUUCUUCUCUGUCUUUACGGCUCAUCAUUGGGCCUCACUGUCUGUCUGUCUCCCAAAACUUCACCCCAAAUUCCAGCUCUUUAUCUACAGCCAGUUGGUCAGGUUUCUCACUAAAAGGGAGCAGCAGUUGAUGCAGAGGCGCAGACAUGCGGAGGAACUUCUUGAGUGGAGGCAGCAGUUGGACGCAGAGGAGGCCGAAGUGCGGCGCAUGGAGAAACAAGCUCUGGAAGCCUGGGAAAGUGAGCACAGUAAAACCAGUUGUGGACAAGAGGGUCCCACAGAACAAGAAGCAGGCAGUGAAGAUGACAGCUCCUCAGUAUCGUCCGUGUCCAGUGUGCACACUGAUUUGUCUGUCCCAGAGCAGCUGGCCAGCCCUUCCUCAGACCGACCUGUCUCUGAUUUCCACAGCCCUGCCCCUCAUACCAUCUACUCAUCUGAUUAUAACAACACAGACAGUAAACAGUCUCCUCCAGAGAAACCCAGCCUCAGCUCUCUUCGACAUUCAGACAGUAGCCGACCUGGGACUGUCACUGGUACCAGCAGAAGCAGCGAGAUGCAGGUGCGCUCCAGCUCCAAGACCAGUGAGUCCCACACCAGUGACCCUCAUUCAGCCACUCCAUCCGAGACCACAUCCGAUCAGAGUGAUAUUGAGAGCCGUAUUCGCGCCCUUAAGGAUGAGCUACGCAAGCGCAAAUCAAUGGUGUAUCAGCUAAAGAAAGAGCAAAAGAAGAGGCAAAAAGAGCGACUGAAAGCUCAGGAGGCGAGUCUGCUGAAACAGUUAGAGUUAUAUAAUGACUUUAUUCAGAAGACCAAGGCUGAGUUGAGUAAAGAGCCAGACAGCACUCCAGCUACUAAACCCCAGAUUAAAACUCCCACGUCAGUCACCGAAAAGCCUUGGAUAAAACCUCCUCCGCUUCAGAGGCCUGAGACUAGCAAGGACUGGAAGAUUAUCACAGAAUCUGAGAAAUCAGACACUGUGCCCACAGAGACAUCAACAGAUAAAGAUGAUGUUGCACCAUCAAGACUUAAGUAUUUAUCCGGACACGAUGACAUUUCAUCAGAUGAAGAUCUGCCUACAGUUACUCCAACUCCAACUAUGGGAAGUCCAGAACAUAUGGACAUUUUGAGGAGCUUGCAUAGUCCAGAUUAUCUAAGGCACCAGUCAGAAGAUGCCCCCCAAAUCAAAGAACAUUCUGAUGGAUCAGAAACCAAUGACUUCCUUUCGGAAGAUGAGAGUGUGGUCUCUAGCCAAAAGUCAGGGAUUAUAGAGGAACUGGAAUAUGCAAAGUCAGGGUCUGAGAAUGACCAAUCUGACCAACAACACUCUCACCCUCUGCUUAAACUGGAUAUUGGGCUUCAGAUUCCGUCUCUGAAUGACAUGAAACCCAAAUUCGAAGAGGAAAGGCUGUCUGAGAAGGAUGCUGAUGGCAAGCCAGCAUUUCAAGAUUCUGCAGAUGUUGAAGAAAGUAUGAGAUUUACUGACCCAAACACAUCUCCUGUGGUGAAUUCAAAAGAUAUAGACUAUCCUUCAGCUGACUUCUCAUUGUCCAUUACGGAGGAUUCACUAAAUAUGAAAGAUACACCGUCACCCUUAGGUGAUGACUAUAAAGAUGACAUUGAGUCUUCCUUUGGGUCAUCAUUUAAGGAGGAUUAUCAUGAAUCAAAGCCUACAUCCCCCUCUGCCCCAGAGCCCAAAGAAAAAUCUGUUAAGUCUCCAAUUUACAGCAGUGAAGAGGAAAUUGAAGAAGAACUAAGUGUUAGAUCAGGAAGUAUUAAUGGCAGCUCCCAAACUGAAAGUCAUGCAGAACUUAAUAGCCUUGGUAAAGGCUCCGAAGAAGACAACAGGAGCCCUUCAAAAUGUUCAACUUCACCACACCCCCAAAUGCCAAUUUUGCCAUUAAAGGAUGAAUUGCCAGGCUUCUGCAUUGGAGACCGGGUUCUGGUGAGUAAUAUACAACCAGGGACGCUGAGAUUCAAGGGACAAACUAACUUUGCCGAUGGAUUCUGGGCCGGGGUUGAACUGGACCACCCUGAGGGAAGUAACAAUGGAACUUACGAUGGGGUGGUGUACUUUGAGUGUAUGGUAAAACAUGGUUUAUUCGCCUCACCAGACAAGAUCUCUCGUCUUCAAGAGAAAUAUGAGGCCAGUGCAGAAACUGAAGAUGAAGAUUCAUCAUGUGUUGACCAGCCAAAUAGUAAAAACAAAGGUUCUGAGAAACAGUUGGUGCACAUAAAUCUGUUAAACAAAAUGAAAGGAGAAAAAUCUGACCUAGAUUUGCAUCCUGAGACCAGAGAGCCUUUGGAUGAACAGGAAAAGCCAUUGGACCUCAACAUCGAACAGCUUUUCACUGGGCAAAGCACCUUUUUUAAAUCUCAGCAUAACCUGGAUUUUAAUGAUAUUGACUGCAAUAUAAUUAAGGACCGUGACAAAAGUCGCCACACAGUACCUAACGACAGAGACAGGGACAUAAUUCUCAAAUUCGUGGAUGCAUCUGUGGAUAAUGUUGUUCCAUUGCUCAAUAAUUUGGAUAAAGGGACAUCUAAAAAAGAAAAACAGAAAGAGGAACCAACAGCAGUCAUUCUGGACCUGUUGGUUGAGGAUGAGAAGUCUAGAGUUGCUUGUCUUGAGAAAUCCACUGACAUCUCAAUCGAGGAGGCCAGUCUCGAUAAUAAAGAAGACUUGAAUAACAAAAGGGCUUUGACUACACUUGCAGAUAAACUUGUGGACAACUUCUUAAGUGAUGCGCUGAAGCAAUUUCAGAAGAUCAAGAAAGACAAAGAAGAUAAGUUAUCAGCUGCUAAUCAGUUAAAAAGAGACUUCAUCAAUGAAGAUGAUGGACUUAGAAGCAACAAAUUUAAGUCUCAGAACAGGUCUUCAUCUAAAACAAAGACAGACAGUUUCCGCACCUUCUUUGAUGAUGAUCAGGAGGAACUUUCAUCUCCAGAGCAUUGCAACAGACCUGAGAGCCCUAUCCUGGGUACGAGUGGACAGGAAGAGCUAGCUAAACGUCUGACAGAGCUGGAACUGAGCCGUGAGCUCUUCGAUGUCCUUGGUGAGGAGCAGGACUGGUUCGAUGAGGACUUUGGUCUCAGUUCAAGAAAACAACAGCAGAAGCAAAAAUGUCAGCAGCAGCAAGAUGGGAUUUCUAGCUCCUUGAGUUUAAGUGCGGGGGAACAGGUCAAAACACCGCCCAGGCCUGAACUUCCCAUGCAGAUGAAGCAACCCGAGGAGCCUGCCCUCAUUGUUCCUCACACUGUCCUGGAGGUGGAGAAAAUGGUCAUCGCUGCUACUCAGGAGAUAUGGAAAAGCUGCAAACUGGGUCAUGGUAGACCAAGCCUGAUUGGCGUACCCAAACCUCAGCCCUCUAAUAAUUUCCUGGAAGGAGACUCCAAAGCCAGUGACCUGGAAACUCAAUGCCAACAAAGCUACAAACUGGCCAUCUUUGAUUUAUCAUGGGAGGUUAUUCAAGACAUUUAUGCAGAAGAUCCAAAAGUUGAUCAGCCACAAUGGAUGAAGCCAUGUCGCCUUAAUUCCACCUACUUCCAUCGGGUGAAAUGCCCCAAUGACAUCACAACAGUCCAGGAAUUUGUCACCACUGAGGUAUUGAAGUUGUGUGGUCUAAAGAAAGAGCAGAACCAGAAAACAGAUUGGCAGAAAAUGAUCAAAUUUGGACGAAAAAAGCGAGACCAAGUUGACCACAUUCUAGUCCAGGAGUUGCAUGAAGAGGAAUCCCAGUGGGUGAACUAUGAUGAGGAUGAACUUUUUGUGAAGAUGCAGCUUGCUGAUGGGAUUUUUGAUGCCUUGCUAAAAGACACCGCUGACGUUCUGACCCAAAUCCAAGAGAAGAAGUCUAAAAGAACUCUUUGAUGAUACCUGUACAGAGAUCUGUUUUUGGUACCUAGUGUUAAUCACAAAAUAGAGGAUGUGGCAUAAAAAGACACUCAGUGAGGAAUUGUCUUUCAGUCUGCUUGUGCAGUCCACGGAAAGUUGUGGAUUCAGGACUCAAGGCUAUAGCACCUUAUCAAAGGUCUGACUUGUCAUGGAGAUGUUCACAUUCUCAUCCGGGAAGUGUGGUGAACUCAGCUCUUGAUGGUCCGGUGUUAAUUGUAGCAGCUGUUUGGGUCCAGAUUCCCCAUACUGUGUCUGUUUAUCGCUGCUGCUAAAACUGGCUCUGCCAUUCUCAAGUCUUGUGAUUAAAACUCAAGGGUCAGAUCAAAUCAGGACAGACCUAAAGACUCAAAGACUUGUUUUUAUCUCCAACUAGAUUGUAUCAUAAGAAAUACUUGUUCUUUUCCCCCUUUAAUUCUAUUAAUUUAUUAUAACUUCUUUUUUUUUAAGUAACAUUGGAAAGUGUUUCGAGAAAAGAGAUUAUUUUACCAUUGUCAUGAUUAACUGCAGAACUAAGCACAAUUACAAGUACAAUUUGAAUGUUGAAAUGGCAAUAUAGUGUAAAGGGAUUUGAUGCAAGAUAAUGUUAAAUGCAAAAAUAUGUAAAUUAUAUUUAACAGCUUUUUGAAAGCAACAGGAAGACUUGCUCCAUGCAAAACAAUGUUGUAUUGGUAACACCUGCUGCAGUUAUUGGAUGCCGAAAGACUGAAUUGAAAUAUAUGAGCUGUGCUAAACACGGACAUGCUUGGUUCUAACCUUAACAUUUGCCUUUUAUCCUAUUCAUUUUAAGUGCCUCCAUUGUUACAUUUAUUCACGCACAAGCAACUUUUCCCGGCCUUCCUUUGACCAGUGUUGAACGGUCCCUUUUGGCUGUAAUCUUAACUCUUAACUUAUUUCUUCAUAGCUGAACAAACCUCUAAUACUGUAAGAUGUACAUUUCUGCCUUAAUUUGUGCGUGUACCCGUCAUCAGAACCUUUUUAAAGUACAAUUUUGUGUUUUAAGAAAAGAGAAGCGGUAAUGUUAUGCCAUCACUGGCACAAGUACACAUUUGUUUACUUUUAAGGAGGCGUUUUACUCAUUGUGUACCUUUCAGAGGAACUGCUCAAGGGCUCAGCACGUCCAUUAUCCUCGAAUGCUGUGAUGUACAUAUUUGUAAAUCAGUCACCAUUACAAUCCUAGUCUCAUAAGAAACAUAUUAUCAUCAUAGUGUCUUAUGUUUAUAAUUAGCUGUAACCAGCCCUUCCUCACCUCUCUUAAAGCUGUACUUCCUGAGCCAGACUGUCCAAUAGUGACUUGCAGCAUCAUUGUGAGGUUAGAUCUAGAGUGUUAUGCCGUGUAAGUGGGUUAAACUUCAUCUAUGCAGCAACAGAGUCUCUGAUACCCAGCAUCAGUUGCUCAUCCAAUAGCAUGUCUAAUUAUAUAGGUAACCGAGAUCUCUACCUCGUUCUGACAAUAGGCUACUACUAAUAGUCUUUUUGGCUAAUGUGUUUAAACUUUUAACUGGGCGGGAAAUUAGGAUUUGUGUGGCACAAGUUGUUUGAUAAUCAGUUUCUACUUUUAAAUUGGUAGGUCGUAGAAAUGUUUUGCGUCCCGUUAAGUGUAUGUAUAUUUAUAAUGAUGUACUGUGAGUGACAGAGGUGCACUUGAAGACUUGUAAAUUGUUGUACCCGUGUAAAUAGAGGCGAUGCCUAUCUCCUGUGAGUGAGAUUGCUGUGAAAACGGACGUGGUUCCUUUUGCUUCCAUGUAUAUAUUCUAGAUAUAUUUGUUAACUGAACUGAUCCUUUGGAAAUUGUAAAUAAAGAUCUUGUCAUUUAUCGGUCAUAA